AAUAUCACUUGAUUGUGAUUCAAUGUAUGGUUUGUUACCUGAUGUCCAGUCACAUGCAGUGCCUUCAGUUUAUGGACUUCACAUUGACAUCCACAUCUGGAGAAAACAGGACUAAUGAGCUCAAGCAUCCCAGUUAUUUCCUUUUGUAAAAUUAUGAAGAAUGAAUGCCAAACAUCUUUUGUCAUUCAUCUACUACAUAUCAUCCACUUAAAAAUUAUAUAGGAAAAUGGAACCAAAUGAGACCAAUUCCAGGAAUGCCGGGCGCUUAUCCAAUCAUUGGUAAUGCACUACAGUUUAAAACCAAUGCAGGCGAUUUUUUCAACCAGAUUAUUGAAGGCACAACUGAAAACAGACACCUUCCUCUAGUAAAGGUCUGGGUGGGUCCAGUCCCCUUUCUGAUCUUGUAUCACGCAGAGAAUAUUGAGGUGGUCCUCAGUAAUUCUAGACACCUUGACAAGUCAUACUCGUACAGGUUCCUGCACCCCUGGCUCGGCACAGGCCUGCUCACCAGCACAGGGGAAAAGUGGCGUAACCGACGUAAAAUGCUGACUCCAACCUUCCACUUCUCCAUCCUCUCUGACUUCCUAGAGGUGAUGAAUGAACAAACGGAUAUUUUGAUUCAAAAGAUGGAGAAGCACAUACACGGAGAGCCAUUCAACUGCUUUAGCUACAUUACAUUAUGUGCUUUGGACAUCAUAUGUGAAACUGCAAUGGGAAAGAAGAUCUAUGCUCAGAGUAAUUCUGACUCUGAGUAUGUCCAAAGUGUCUAUAAAAUGAGUGACAUCAUCACUAAGAGACAGAGAGCACCAUGGCUGUGGCCAGACUGGAUCUACAACAAGUUAAAAGAAGGCAAAGAACAUUCCAGAAGAUUGAGAAUUCUUCACUCCUUCACUGCAAGUGUAAUUAAGGAGAGAUCAAAGUUUAUGAGCUCUGAACCUACCAGUGAUUCUGACCAGGGGCCGAGGAAAAGACAAGCCUUCCUAGACAUGCUGCUAAAAACUACUUAUGAGGAUGGAAAGAAUUUGAAUCAUGAGGACAUUCAGGAGGAAGUGGACACCUUCAUGUUUGAGGGUCAUGAUACCACUGCAGCUUCAAUGAACUGGGCUUUACAUCUGAUUGGUUCCCAUCCUGAGGUCCUGAAGGCAGUGCAGGUAGAACUACAGGAAGUGUUCGGUUCGUCAGACCGCCACGUGGGGGUUGAGGACCUGAAAAAGCUGCGCUACCUGGAGUGUGUCAUUAAGGAGAGUCUGCGGAUCUUCCCCUCCGUGCCUCUGUUUGCACGCAGCAUCUGCGAGACCUGUCAGAUCAAUGGGUUCAAGGUCCCAAAAGGAGUGAAUGCUGUUAUCAUACCAUAUGCUCUUCACCGGGACCCGCGCUACUUUCCAGAACCUGAGGACUUUCGACCGGAAAGGUUUCUGCCAGAGAACAGCAAAGGGAGGCAUCCAUAUGCGUACAUCCCUUUUUCUGCAGGGCCAAGAAACUGCAUCGGCCAGCGCUUCGCCAUGAUGGAGGAGAAGGUAGUUCUUGCUACGAUCUUGCGUCACUUUGACGUAGAGGCAUGUCAGAGCCGUGAGGAACUGCGCCCUCUUGGGGAACUCAUUCUGCGUCCCGAGGAAGGCAUUUGGAUUAAACUACAAAGAAGAACAAAAUAAGUUUGACCGCCACUUAAACUUCAGGUUGCUUUAGUCCUCGCAUCACUGCUGCUAGUUAUGAGCAGAUUCAAGUAAACUUGCUAACUUCUUUGCA